CCAAACAAGUUCUAAGCUUUAAAAACCUCUCAGUCGCAUGAGACGGUUGGGUUAAAAGAAAAGCUAACCUUUGGUUCUCUCUCUCUCCGUUAUACUCAAAAAGGGUUAACACCUGAUGAACUGAACCCUUUCCUUGGGUUUAAAAGCCAAAACCCUUGGCUCUUCGUCUCCACCGUCGCUUUCCUUGCAGCUUUACUCUUGAUUGUCCUUCCAAAGCUUCUGUAUGCAGCCCACAAGCCUCGCUCCCAGUCGCCGCCAUUAGCAACUUCCUACUUUAAAUUUUCUGUAAUCUCUAUCAGAGAUACAGUUUAUAAUUAAAAAGGCAAGAGUACCUCAUCAGCAAUACAAAGUUGAGAAGUUCAAUCCAGCUUACCUUCUCUUUCUUAGUCUCCACCAUUAAAUAAGACCUAUCUUUUCUCUCUGUAAUCUCAUGAUAAGUACAGAGUGGAACGAAAAAUCUAAGGUGGGUUAUCUUUAUUUUCUUUGAAUCUUCUGCAGGCUCUUUAGAAUCACUUCUUUUCUCUUCGGCAGUUCGAAAUCCAGACGAGAAGGCGAAAUUUGUAGGCGUUCUUGUUUUUAAAACUCAAUGGACGUCGGCCAUACAUCGAAGAUGGCUGACAAAGAACCAGAUUAUUCACCGAAAAAGGCCCCAUCUGCAACUAAGGUGAUAGACGAGCUGAAAGAGCUAUGGAGCAUGGCCUUGCCGAUAACGGCCAUGAACUGUGUGGUCUACAUUCGAGCCAUGGUGUCCGUUCUCUUCUUGGGUCGACUCGGGAGCUUAGAGCUCGCAGGAGGAGCUCUCUCAAUCGGGUUCACCAACAUCACAGGGUACUCUGUUCUGUUCGGCCUCGCUUCAGGGCUCGAGCCAGUGUGCAGCCAAGCCUAUGGAAGCAAGAACUGGGAACUAAUCUCGCUCUCCCUGCAACGCACGGUCCUAAUCCUUCUAAUCGCAAGCAUACCCAUCAGUUUUCUGUGGAUGAACUUGGAAGGAAUCAUGAUCUUCAUGGGUCAAGACAGAGAUAUCACGGCAAUGGCGGCCACCUACUGUAUCUACUCUCUUCCAGACCUAUUAACGAACACUCUGUUGCAGCCUCUGCGAGUGUAUCUGAGGUCCCAAGGGGUGACAAAGCCGAUGAUGUACUGUUCUCUGAUCGCGGUGUUGUUUCACGUACCCUUGAACAUUCUGCUGGUGGUGGUGAUGAAGCUCGGUGUUCCUGGGGUGGCCAUGGCGUCUGUGCUGACCAACCUGAACAUGGUUCUAUUGAUGACCGCAUACGUGUACGUAUCUGGGGUGUGUGAGCUGAGAUGGACGGCUGGUAUUGGGGUUGUCUGUGGUGGGUUGGGCCCGCUUUUACGUUUGGCCGUGCCAAGCUGCCUGGGAAUUUGCUUGGAGUGGUGGUGGUACGAGAUCAUGACCGUCCUUGCUGGAUAUUUGUCCAAGCCUACACUGGCCGUGGCUGCAACUGCCAUACUCAUUCAAACAACCAGUCUCAUGUACACCGUCCCAAUGGCCUUGGCCGCUUGUGUUUCCACCAGAGUAGGGAACGAGCUGGGAGCAGGGAAGCCCUACAAGGCGAAGUUGGCGGCACUGGUGGCGCUGGGCUGCGCUUUCGUGAUUGGGACGAUCAACGUAACGUGGACGGCCAUUCUGCGAGAGAGGUGGGCAGGUCUGUUCACUAAAGACGUGGAGGUCGGUUACUUGGUGGCUGCUGUGAUGCCCAUCAUGGGUCUGUGUGAGCUCGGCAACUGCCCACAAACGACAGGCUGUGGCAUACUGCGCGGCACGGCAAGGCCGGCCGUGGGCGCCAGAAUCAACCUCGGGUCCUUCUAUUGCAUUGGGACGCCUGUCGCUGUAGGCCUGGCCUUUUGGUUCAAGGUUGGGUUCAGUGGACUCUGGUAUGGACUCCUGUCUGCUCAGGCUGCUUGUGCUGUCUCCAUUCUUUUUGUUGUUCUGAUGCGAACAGACUGGGAGGCAGAGGCCUUGCGUGCUAAGAAGCUCACGAGCAUGGAAAUGUCUGGUUGUGAGAAGGCUAAUGGAGAUGAAGAGAGAAAAGGGUUUUUAGUUGGUGAUAUGGAAGAUAUUUUGUAAAAAGGAGAAGAAAAACAGAAGAAACAACUGAUAUACAGUGAUGGACUGAUGGUGGAAGGGGGAGGGGAAUCGAAUGUAGCCGCCGGGGUUGGUAAUACCUAAUGGUUAGGUUUGUUUUUGUUUUGGUGAUGGGCUGUAGUGGAUCUGGGCUUUGGGACUUGAGCUUUGUAUCCCUUUUUGUUUCUCUUUAGUUUCUGUCGGCUCUUUGGCUGGGUUACUUUUCAUGGCCAUCAUUACAAACGCUGGAAAGAGAGAUCUGGGCCUCUUAAUAAGGGACCCAUCUCAUGCAAAUAUGCAAUGUUCCCUCUAAUAAAAUAGUUAUAAUCAUAUAUUUGAAGCUUGAAUA